UUGACGCACACUGCGGAACUGAAUGGUCCAGCAUGGCUUCUGAGCACCUGGGACUUACCGCGGAGCAGUUUUGUCAGGCGUUAAUGAAAAUAUCAGACAGACUUCUCAGCUUUGGCGUGGCGUUAUGGUAAAGUUACCGCUGGGUAAGCAUUUCUUAGCGGCACAGCAUUGAGCACUUCUUGUUUUUCCCUCUAACUUUGCCUGGUGGCUGGCGGAGCUCCGAUGGUGCAGCGUGGCUGAGGACGUUUAACAGACUGAACCUACGUCCCCCAAAUAAUACAGAACCAGUCACCGAGAGCGACCACGAUGGCAAAGGUGAAGGCAAAGAAAAGUGACUCUGCAGCUGAAGUACAACAGGCCGCAUCUGGAAAGAAAAACGACGAUGCGAAGAAGAAGAAGACAUUCUGGUUUGAGAAGAAAUUGAAAGUGAAAAAGCCUCAGUCGAACGACCAGGUGCAGCCUCCAAACAACCCCCAACACUUCUCUGCCAACUGGAAGGCGCUGCAAGAGAAGUUAAAAGCCAGUCAGCCGGAGGAGAAACGGCCCGUGGCAACGAAAAAACAGAAUGGUGCUCUGCCAAAAAAGGAAGCCAAAGAAAAUUCUUCUAAAAAUAUUUCCAAGACCAACACCGGUCCUGGACAGACGGACACUGGGAAAAAAGGGAAGCACAAAAGUGUGCCCAACAGUGUUGUCCCCAAGGACCCGGCGGGGAACUCGAAGGUUCCUGUCGUCUCACAGGCGGGACAGUCUGCAGCCCCGAAGAGGAAAAGGGCAUCAAACGACGAGCAGGCAGCCAAGAAAAAGAAGCCUGUGGCCGAAGAGAAAACGCCUACAGAACAGGACCUUUGGUUUGACGAUGUGGACCCUGACGACAUCGAGGCGACAGUUGGAGCAGAGGCCGCAGAGAUCAUGAGGAGGAAGCAGGGCGUUCAGAAGAGCAAGGACCCAGAGAGCGCCCUGGUCAAGGAGAAAGCCUUCGAGGGCCUCACCAGAGCUGUGGCUAUUGAUUGUGAGAUGGUGGGAGUGGGUCCAGAUGGAGAAGACAGCAUCUUGGCGCGCGUCUCCCUCGUGAACCACUUUGGGAAAUGCAUCUAUGACAAAUAUGUAAAGCCCACAGAGAAGGUGACAGACUACAGGACAGCCGUCAGUGGCAUCCGGCCAGAGGACAUCAAAGACGGAGAGGAUGUACGGACGGUGCGGAGGGAGGUCGGCGAGAUCCUGCAAGGCAGAAUAGUUGUUGGACAUGCCAUACACAAUGACCUAAAGAUUUUACUCUUGGAUCAUCCAAAAAAGAAAAUCCGGGACACUCAGAAGUAUAAACCUUUUAAGAAGAUUGUGAAGAGUGGUCGGCCGGCACUGAAAGUCCUCUGUAGAGAAAUACUCAAUGUGAAGGUCCAGCAGGGUGAACAUUCAUCUGUCCAAGACGCACAGGCCACCAUGAGGCUGUACACCAUGGUGAGAAAACAGUGGGAAGCAGAGAUUAAAGCCAGUCACAGGAACAAAGACUCGGACAAGAAAAGUGACAGAAAACCCAAGUUCCCCAGAAUCAAGAACAGGGGCAAGAAUCCCAUGGGAUUAUGAACAGAGGACAGAUGACCUCUGACAAUCAGAGCAGACCUGACUGACAUGAAAGUAACGGCUGUGGAACAGUUAUCACGGUAUAAUAUGACACUCAAGAUCUAUCAGGACGGUCCCUGAAAGCACACAAUUCAGAAUGUCAAUGAAAACCAAGAUUUCUACAAGAAUGUGUUUUUGUCAGCCUCAAUUCCAGGAAGCGUAGGCCGGUUGUUCUUGCGGAUUUGCCAGGAUUUAAGCAAACACCGGAAUGUUUUUUCCUGAGCAUCUCCAUCUGUGUCUCAAACUGCGAAUAAACCAAACCACGAGAGAUUUAUUUACUCUGGGCCUUUUUACAAGAAAUUUCCAGACAUCAUUUCCCAACAUCAUUCCCCUGCAGCUUGAAGCAGGUGUUCCAAUCUGGCAGCUCCUCGACAGAGAGCUCCGGGGAACAUGGAAAUCAAAUUUCCAGUGCCAAACAAUGAAUGUCCAGUCUUUUAAAACGUUUGUCUUUGGUUUGUGAUUUGAUUCCUGGUUGCCUUAAAAAGUUGUACGUUUAAAAGUUGACUCAAACAUACUAUUUCAUUCUCUGUAGCUCUGUUGCAUUUGUAGUAUAUAUAUCAUCUUGCCAAUUGUUCUGUUCGUGUCACUUGCAGAUAUGAGCCUUCUGUCAUAUUCUUAAUUUGUUGUAUCAUGUUUUAAACUUAACCUUUUGGGUAUUUGCUGCUCUCAUUUGACCCAAGCGCAGUAACGGCUGCAACACCGUACUCCUUAUAGUGGUGCCAGCUUACAACAGCAUGGUUUCUCCUUCUUCUACCACGUGUCAAACUGUGGAGCAGCGUCGCAGACAUGUUGAACAGUAGCUGUAGACCACUAACGUCUACUGUACUGUCGUUCUGUUCACAAAUCUAUCCUUUGAUUUAAAAUCUCCAGACAUCAUCAGAUGACUUUUCA